AUGUUUGUCAAUCAGUUUAAGCAAUGCGUUGACUCUAUGAAAAAUCAAGUUCCAUCAGAAUUGAAUGGUUCUUCAGGUAUUCGUGUACCAUCAGAUUCACUCAACUUGACAUCAGACAGUCUACAAAUUCCUAUACAGAAUGGUAGUGGUGUAGUCAACCCAUCCUCAGCGACAUUGACAUCAACAUGUAUGAAUAGUAUUACUCAUAGUACUCUACAAAACCUACCAAGUUCACAACAACACAUCAAUUCUACUCCAUUACCUACAGUUCAAGGUGUCGUUCCUACAGCAACGACAACAACAACAACAAACCAUGCUACUUCAGCCUCUCUUCCUGCACAAAAUGAUGUCUAUUCAAAUAAUCAAUCUGUACAAAAUCAGCUGAAAUCAGCUCAAGCACAAGUAAGACGACUAGAAGCUGAGAUUAGUCAUCUUAAGCGCUAUGCAAUGCCAGUGAUGGGUGGUUCGUUGAAUGGUGGAUCAUCUUAUCCUACGAAUUAUCCAAAUAUUGAGCCAGGAGUGCCGAUGGAUGCUGAUAUUCCAGACUUACGAUGUGGUAUUGGUCGCUUGGAUCUAGAUGGAUUGAACGGUGGUGGUGUUAACAAUAACGGUGAGUGGAUCAACGAGUUAAGCAUCAAUAACAAACCUAAGCCAGUUGGAACUAUUCAUCCAUCGUUGGUACAAGGGAAUCAGAACAGACCCAUAUGGAUAGAUCGUGCUUCUCAGGACACCAUUCGAUCAUUGCACACACGUCUUGGGAAUGUAUUAAAAGAAGCCUUAGAAAUACAUAAUCGACUUGGUUCACUUCUGUCUUCACCAUCCGUAGAAUAA